AUGUUCGUCGUUGUGGCCUUGGCGACCCUCCUGGUGAUACCGGCCUCCUUCACUGAGGAUGUGGCUUUCAGCGUCGACCGUGCGGGAAGGGCCAAGUACCACCCCUUAAUCGACAGCAUCUACGACCAAACGCAGUUCGGGAUGUCGUGGCGCCUGAUCAGCCUGUUGCUGAUAAAGUUCUGGACGACCAUCUUCUCCGUGGUUCAGCCCUUGCCGGUCGGGUUGUUCAGCCCAAUCUUCGUCAUUGGUGGUCUGAUGGGGAGAAUCUUCGGAGAGAUCGCCAACUGGGUGGACCAUUGCUUGGACAGCGUCAACAUCAACUUCCAGCCUUGGGAGUUCGCCCUAAUCGGGUCUGCGGCGUUCUCGGCCGGGGUGACGCGAGCCGUGAGCACGGCAGUCAUCGUCUUCGAGUUGUCGGGGGAGAACCACCUCCGCCUGCCGCUGGGCGUGGCCCUGAUGAUCUCGUACUUCAUCGCGAACCGCUUCACGAAGGGGGUCUACGACGCCCUGAUGGACACCAACAAGACCCCGCACUUGGAAGAGGACUUGAUGAUCAAGGCGGAGGAAAUUCCCUGCCCGUCUCUGGAAUGCACCUGGAGGGACUCUUCCGAGGAGGCCUUGCGAUACCUACCCGGACAAUUCAAACCCGUCGGGGAGUCCAUGAGCGACAAGGUCCUAGUUGGCGUCGUCCUCUGGAACGACCUCGCCAUCGCCCUCGCGGACUACCGCAGGCGGGGCAGCAGCAUCACCGCCAUCAGCAGCACCACCACUGCCCCCGCCUCCAUCAACAGCAGCCGCGGAGCCCCCCUCCCUGCUUUCGCUUCCACCACCACGAUGAUCGAUGGACGACGGUUUCAGGUGGUAGGCGGCGGCGACUCGGCGGCGGCGGCGACGGCGGCGGCAGCCGGCGGUAGGUUCGAGUGGGAAGAGUCGUCGGAGGAGGGGGGGGGGGAGGGUGACAGCGGCGGGGGCAGCUGGUGGCCGCGGCUGGCGGAGGUGGGCGGGGCGAUCGGCAGGAGGAUUGGGUGGUUUCCGAUGGUGCGGACGGCGGAGGCGUCGCUCUUGAGAGAGCUGGCAGGGAAACGCGAAGACGGCGGCGGUGACGACGAUGAUGCUGGUUCCCUCUCUCCUCUCGGUGAAGGAAUCCCCCUAGGCGGCGGCACGGCUGCUGCGGCAGUCGGAACAGACAGCGCCGCAACCACCACCACCACCACCACCACCAGCAACAGCAGCGCCGGCAGGAGAACCCGUUCCUCCCGAAAGGCGCUGUCGCCGGCGCCGCCGGUGCCGGUGCCGGUGGCCGGGAUCGAGAAGGCCAAGCGGGCGCCCAUCCGGUUCUACCUGGUGAGGGAGGGCCACAGGUUCGUGCCGGUGGGGCGUAACCCUAAGAAGGGCGCGUGGAAGGAGCUGCCGGAGGUGGCGAUUCCAGCCGCCCGCGAGAGCAUCCCGGUCGUGCUGGACCCUUCGCCUUACCAGGUUUCCCACACCACGGAACUUUCCAAGGUCGACAUAGCGUUCCGGCUGCUGAGGCUGGACAACGCCUACGUCUGCAACGCCGGGCGGUUGGUUGGGGUGAUCACCCGGGAAGCCCUGGCCGACUUCGUAGACGAUCGCGAGGUCUCCCCUAUGGACGACUGCGUGCGGCUAUGCGGGGCCUUGGCAUGCUGCCUUCCCGGGAGAGCUCCAGCCGACGACAACGCCGGGGGCAGCGGCCUCCGCAGGCGCAUCAGCCGUCGCAGCAUCAGCCGAGGAAAGCUGGCCGCCUCGGCUGUCGUCGGAGAACUCCCUCCGGGACGGGGGGGCGCGGAUCUCGGCUUCGCGACGAGCGGGCAGCCGCUGCUGGGCGGCGGCGGCGGGCUCAACAGCCGGGGUUAUUCCAGUCUGGGCGACAACACCGAAGGCGGCGGCGAGGAGGGUCGGGAAGGGGACGGUGGCCGCGGGGGUGCUUCUUCCCCCCGGCGCGGUCUGGUCGUGUUGUGGGUCUGAGGUAUAAUAGUAGUCACCGCUAGGGUUUUUCUCAGGAGAUGGGUAGGCUUUGCCAGAAGUGGUGUGCCACGGACAAAUAGUGUGUUGCUGGUAUGUACGGUAGGGGACCUUUGUCCUUACUUUGUCCGUGAAAGGUCUAUACGUGAAGGAGAGGCACUGCGCACAGACAAAAAAAAUUGUAGGGCGAGGAAUGGGCUCGCUCUUGAGAUAAUGUGAUAGUUGCGAGCUGGAUAUACUGCGCAGGCGCACGUUGUGCAUGCUGAAAACACGCUCUUUUUUUAUGUACUCACUGCAGUCUGCUAUUUAGUAUACGACAUUCGCGUGUUGGAGAGGGGUUCCGACAUUUUUUCGUUUUGAAGUGUGUGUGUGGGGGGGGUGCUUUCUUUCACGUUUGUCUUGCUUCGUUCAUGGUGUUGCGGUCUUCCCUGAUUGGGAAGUGCUGCACAGCUGUGUUAAGACAGCUGACAUGUAGGGUUGUUUGGCAAGGAAAGCCAGAUGGCUUCAGCGUCAACGCUGCCGUGCUCACUGUGGAAAGCGUUCAAUUCAACUUGCUACGUAAUUUUUCACGUUUUUACCCCCAACAUGAGUCAGAACUCACACGGGUGUUCUUUGGAGCGUGUUUUUAUCUGAAAAGCGGGCGGGGUUUGGGGAAAGAUGCACAUGUUCUCUGUAGAUGUUUUGAUGUGUGCGGUCAUGUCGUGCAUUUGUGGGGGUACAAUGCACAUGUUUCUCUUUUGAAGGUGAUUUGAUGUGUGUGGUCAUGGCGUGCGUUUCUCGGUGAAAGCCAACAGAGGGUAACAUGGGAUGAUUUAUUUAUUUUUCGUCUUGACAU